CUUUGCCCGAGAAUUCGACGUCUAUGUGCCGGACCUCGUAUUCUUCGGCGACUCCUUCACCAAGUCCGCCGAUAGGUCGGAGGUUUUCCAGGCGGCUUCCGUCGCGAAACUCCUUGAAAAGCUCGGGAUUCGCAGGUACUCCGUGGUUGGGACGAGCUACGGCGGAUUUGUGGCGUACCGCAUGGCAGCGAUGUGGCCGGAGAGGGUGGAGAAGGUGGUGAUCGCUAGCUCCGGAGUGAACAUGACGCGGAGGGACAACCAGGAGCUGCUGAAACGAGCGAAAAUGGAGCAGAUUGAGGAACUGAUGCUUCCCAGCACCGCCGCGCAGCUGCGGCGGUUGAUUGGUCUGUCCAUUUUCCGGCGUCCUUAUUAUAUGCCUGAUUUCGUCCUUAAUGAUUUCAUUGAUAAAUUGUAUUGUGAAAAUAGGAAGGAGAAAUUAGAACUACUGAAAGGAUUGAAACUGGGAGAGGAUGAGAGCGCAGGCAACAUAUCUCCCCUUUCUCAGGAAGUGUUGAUUGUGUGGGGAGAGCAUGAUGAGAUAUUUUUGUUAGAGAAAGCUAUAGAACUGAACAAAUUAAUUGGUGAGAGGAGCAGAUUGGAAGUGAUGAAAAAUGCAUCUCAUGUGCCCCAACUUGAAGAUGCACCCCACUUCAACAACAUUCUCCACAACUUCUUACAUGGGCAUUCACCUCCCUCAUGAUUUCAUUUCUUAAGGAACUAAAAUGCUCAUCAUCCAUAUUUAUUGUAAUUACACACGGACGAGGCUGAAAAUGUGGAUACAACGUAGGAGAUGGGUGACAGGCCUGUUUUGGAUCAUAAGUGGGCCUCUUAACUGGAUUCUAGCCCAACCAAAAGUAUGAGCCGCUGGAUAAUGACUUUUCAAAUCUUAUUUGAGAGAGAGAGAGAGAGAGGGGCAAAGAUCUUAUGAUCAUACCGAUAUAUAUUUAAGCGUGGUGUAGGGAUCCAUAACACAAAAUGGAACUCAAGUCUUUUAUCUAACUUCCAACAUCAUUGUUGCUGUUGCAUUAGAUGUUUGUACCUUUGGAGGGUUCAAACCCCAGACACAACACCUAAUUCCCAACCAUAUAUAAACACAGUAGUUUAUGUGAUUGAUAAUCAUGGGUUGUUGAUGAAGUUGGAUAAGCACUAACCUGAGGAAUUAAUGAAUACCCCAACCCCACCCCACAUCUCAAUUAAUUGUUAUCAUCAUCCUAAUCAACAUCAAUCUUUCUUGUUUUGUGGUCCAUUUGUUUACAUGUCUCCCUGCAAUCAACAUAUCAACUUCAAAUCAGACUGUAUUAACUAUCUUCUUUUUUCUCUCACUCACUCUUUGUGUGUGUGUGUAUAUAUAUAUAUAAUAUAUAGAAAUAUAGAUAGGAUAGGAGGAGUGAGCAUGCAGUAUAUUAUGUGUGUGUGAAAGAGUGAGUGAAGGAAGCAUGGGUUUUGUUUUUGUUGGAGAAGACGAAGAAAUGAUUUCUGUAGUGUGUGUGUGUGUUUGUGUUGAGCGGGUAAGCAGCAAUUAAUAUUGGGAUGAUAAUUAGGAGGGGGGAUUGGAUUGGAUGAUAGGUGGUAAUAUCAAGCAAGGGGUCGUGUCGGUUCAGACACCUUCUCACCCUCCUAACCUUUUUUCUUACAUUAUCAUCAUAAAUUAUAUUACACAACAGAAAUAUGUUUUAACAAAUUAAUACAAACACCCAUCCUUAAAUAUAUUCAUUUCUGUUUAACUUUUACCUUAAAACUUCUCCUCAAAACCAAUAAAUUUGCAACCAGUGGAUGAGGCCUUUCACUCAGGAUAAGACCUAACAACUCCUUUAUCUAUCCCCAUAUAUAUAUAUAUAUAUAUAUAUAUAUAUAAAUGUCCAUCCAAUUCCACACACAGUAGAGUAUUCAAUUCAAUCCUUCUCCCAUUAACUUUCCCUUCUUUUGUCGUUUAAGAUCCAACAUCAAAACCAAACAAUUCUUCUUGCAGUUGCAUAGUUUAUAACACUAAUUCCACCAAUGAUCCAUCUCCCCAAAUAUAUAAAUAUGCUUCAUUAUUAACCCCAUUUCUUAUUUCUGCAAUUACAUCUCAUCUCAUUUCUAUGCUGAAAUUGCGGUUUUAUUCGCAAGAACCCUUUUCUUGAAAUUGUUAUUUCUUCAUCAUCUUCCAUCCCUUCUCCUUACUUUCUUGAAAACAUUAUACAGAGUGUUAUACGUAUAUACCACUAUAUUCUUCCCUUUUUUUUUUCCCUUUAGUUCAAAUGAAAAUCUCCACAAGAACUAUGGAAAAGGGUGGGAUUGAAGGUGGUGGAUGUUUGGAUGGUACGGCGUAUGUGGAUGAGAUUUGCGUAGGAGAUGGAAGGUUUUUGAUGAGGAAAAAGGUUGUUUUUAAGGAUGUUGAGAAGGAGGAAGAAACGGGCUUGGUC